GCCAACUAGUACAGUGAACCAUUAACGUGAACACGUUCUAGUUAACUGUUUCUCUGUUCACUUUGCCACAUUGAAAUCUGUUCGUUGGUUCUUUGAGCAGAAGUAUUAAUAACACGGCGUUGACCGUCGGGGGUGAUCAGAUAGGCUGGAUAUAAUUUAAUGAAAAAAUAAUUUAAAAAAACAGGAAAAGUCCGUGUAAACCAAUAAGAAUAGUAAAAUAACGUUAACUCGGUAAAACAAUAACACGCCAGCACGGGGUCGAAGGAGAGAUCGUUUCCCUGCCGUCGCGAGGAGAAAAGAAAAGAGUUUAAAAAAACGCGAUAUCAGCUGAAUAAAAUAAGAACACAUAUCAACUCACGUCAAAAGUCUGUCUAAUAAACAAAUACAUAUAUUUUCCCCCCUCCCCUCUACUGCGCACUCUUCAGGUAAGCCAACAAGAAUCUACACACAUCUCUUCGAAAUCGUUAUUAUCCGGGGGAAAGAGGCUAUCCGCCUACAUAUGUAACCUAAGACAGACAACGUGUGCAAAGACAGAGGCUCGUUUAGAGAUGUUCCUGGAACGUGACUCUAACCUUCUUAUCUAGACGGUCGUCGGGGAGACGAAGGACACCCUUCGCUAGUCUUCCUGUAUACCUACAUACCUCAGUUUUCGGACCGUGGAAUGGCUCGUGGACAGCAGAAAUUACAAUCUCAAGCCAAGGCUGCCGACAAGGCGGCUAAAGCAAAGAAACAGCAGGGUCACAGCGCCAACGAUCAAAAAAAGGCUGCACAGAAGGCUCUUGUUCAUGUUUGUGCCGUGUGCAAGGCACAAAUGCCGGAUCCAAAAACGUACAAGCAACACUUUGAGAACAAGCAUCCGAAAAAUGAUAUGCCCGAAGACUUGAAAGAUAUAUGAGAGUAAAGCUUCACUAAUA